AUGGCUACCACUACCUACCAACCCAGCAACCCCAGUCUACUGGAUCGCAUCAACACCCCGAACCCAGCGUACCGAGCUAGCUCUGCGCAGCGCACUUUGCACCCUGCUGCAACAGGUGGACCCCAAGGAGCGAACGCGAAUCCGUAUGGCGCUCCAUCGCCUCAUGCAUUCCCUCGAGAUCCUCUCGCCUAUCACAGAGCCGUGGGCGACACAUGCUCAUCACAUCCACAAGCGAGCAGCCAACAAGGCUUUCCACCGCCCAAUGAUGGUUGCAACCACGAUUUCACAUCCGAGGCAGAAGACGUCCAGGACUGCCGAAACCAACAGCAUGCAAGAGGUCGCGCGGUGCCCUACAAUCUUGCCGUGCGGCUCGCAAAUCGAUCCAAUGGCGCUCCACUCGCCACAAUUGUUGAGCAAGGUUCCUACUCCACGCUAAACUCUCGAGGCUCCAGGCUCAGUGUUGGUCCUUUUCCUUCGCUGCGUGUGGCGGAAAAUACCUCGCCAGGUCGUCGUGCGUCGCUCAAGGUUUCGCCUAGUCCGGAUGACCAUGCUCUCGAGCGUAUUGCGGAAGACGCCCACAUUGAGCGAGUGCUGGAUUCGACCACUCGAACGCCCUGCAAGCCAUAUAACAAGGAUUCCGAUGCCUUGUUUCCGGUAGACAAGGUCACCACUCCUUCAAUGCACAGCACUCUGGACCACCCGCAAACCACUCAAUAUCAGACGGGAGAAAUGAAGCGUAAUGAGAUAACCAGUAAUUCCAAGGGAUUUUUCCGCGGUGUCCUUCACAACGUCCGGGCUGCUUCGCGGACACGGUCUCGGUCGUCGUCAGCGCACACGUCCACUGCUGAACAUCACGAACCUCGGCCGGAGACGACCGACGAUGGCCCAAAUAGCCAUGGAUACGCUUUAGAGAUGCGCCUCCAAGACAAUGACAGGCUGAGUACGCCACUUUGUGUGCCCAUGACGCCCAAAGGCGUGACUCUAUCAUCAGCUCCUGAGCAUCACAACAGGGAUGUCCGGACCCUGACAGCAGAUUGUGCGCGUUCAGCUCGUCUAGACUUUCCUUUGCACCAGGAUCUAGAGCAUCCCUUGCCAAUUCAGAACCGCCCUGUGGCCAUGUCUCAGUUAUCAGAACCAUUGACUGCAACGCGCUUAUACCAACGGGCAUGCUCUGUGCGUCUUGUACACCCCGAAGCACGAGACGAGUUUCAGAAUGGUGCCAAAAGCGGCAAUCCCAACCCAAACGGGAAAGACUUUUAUGGGUUGUCUGCUUCAAGCAAGGCCACUUAUUCAUUCACAGGAGAAGAUCGCAACAAGGAAACGAGUCAAAAUGCUAGUUUCUGUAGUACUGUGUCAACAUCAUAUUCCGGCACAGUGGUUGGUGUAGAUAUCGAUCUUCAACACGACUUCCCUUAUCCGAUACCUCGCUCGCGUUCAUCAACACCUGUAGCACAAUCAUGGUUUACACCGCAGAUGGCGGAGCUGGAGCGACAGGUUUCAGCAACCGAGUCUCCUGAAGCCAAGCGAGUACACAGAGCAGAACCGUCACGACGCUCUAUUACCUCAUCUGCUCUAACAACUCUAUUGCCUAUUGCUGCAGCCUCGGGCAUUAUUCGUCCGAACUAUGAGACACCGAAAAUAUCUUUCUUCUCGCCAUCUGGCAACCUAAUCCAACCAGAGGGUAGUUCCACACCUGGCACUACGAGCGCUUCCGAGUUUGGCGGCUCGCCUAUUGUGAACGCAUCUACUUGUAGCAAGCCAACCUCGGCUUCCUACAGUGUAUUUCCAGCAACAUGUUUACCCCCAAGGCCCUCCCUGAAGCCUAUGACUACGCCACCUACGUCCUCAGUACCCCUUCCAGCACAUUUGCGGCACUAUCACAAUUACAGACAUCCCGAAAAAUCGCAGAUCAAUUCUGGGACAGAGUGUGGAGAGUCAUUCAUUGUCGUCGCUGCCGAGGUAAAAGGAUGUGACGGUAUCGUGCGGACUAAUACACUUUCCACUCACCCCCAGGAGCGCAGAUCGUGUGAAGAGACAAAAGCAUGCCCGCGGUACAAGAGGCAUAGAUCUGCAGGAAUUCUCGUCCAAAAACUUAGAUAUGAGGCGAACUCACGCAAAAACCGGUUGAUCACAGCUGUUCUCGCCAGCACGACUGCAAAAGGAAGGAUCCUUCACAGGAGAAACUCACCAACCACGCACGGUAGCAUAUUACACGAACAGAAAAGUGUAGAUGCCGUAACUUCGGGCAAUAAGCGCGCGAGUAUCCGACACACCAGACCAAAACGCAACACUGGAUUCUUCGGUCCGGCAGCCGGGCAUUUUCUGCGGAUCUGCUUCUGUCAACCAUAUGACGGCGCAGGGAAGCCAACCCAUGACAUGGCUGGGAGAACCUUGUGCAUGAGAAAACAGUCUAGCGUUAGGCACGGCAAGUCGAAGAAGGAAAGCCCUCGUAGACACGGGAAGGACGUGGAUGUAGACGCCGUUCUACCCAACGCCCGGGUCGUCACGGGAGCCGACUGCAAAAAGAGCAGCAUCAACAGUGCCCGCAAGCGCAUGAGGGUACGCAGGGAACAGGGCGGUUCAACCCUCAGUCCAAACCACCUCGCCAGACUGCAAGGUGAUGGCGCCACGGACGCGGGCGUUGCGGCGAGGGCCGCUACCGUCAGCAGAUCAUCACCAGGGUAG